AUGCUGGGGACACUGUUUUUCUCCUUACUGCUGACAUGUGCAUGCGCCGAAGAUCUGGUGGUCCCUCGCCUCAAUGACACUAAAGCAGUUGAGGCCUUUGCGGACUCGGCUGAAGUGGUGCUUGUUGGUUUUUUUGAGGGAGAAAACAGUCGAGGAUAUAAGGAACUGCUCGCUGCUGCAAAGAAGGUUGACUCCGUCCCUGUGGCUAUUUGCAGUGUGAAAGAAGUUUGGGCUGACUACAGCCUCUCCACAGACACCAUCACUCUCUUCAGAAAGGCAGAUAACCGUCAAGAAAACCUAGUGGUUUCGGAGCUCAAAAAGCUGGACACUGAUGGACUUGUGAACUUUAUUAUGAUCAACGAAGUUCGCUAUGUCACAGAGUACAACCAAGUAACAGCAGUGGGUCUGUUCGAAUCUCAGGUAAAAACACACCUGGUCAUCUUCGCCAACAGAACCAGUAAAGACUUCUAUGAGCUGAAGGAGAAACUAGCAGCUUUGGCCCCAGAGUUCACAGGCAAGUUCUUGUUUGUUCUGAUCAACGGAGCGCUAAAGUCCAACUCCCGCUCACUUGGCUACUUUGGUCUCAAGUCCAAAGACCUCCCGCGAGUUGGCAUCUAUGACGGCAACUCAGACAUGAAAUGGCUGCUUCCAGAGGGAGACAUCACAGUGGAGAGAGUGCGUGACUUCUGCCAGUCCUUCCUAAGAGGAGAGCUAAAGGAUGUAGCGCAGGCUGGAGACAAAAGCAAAGACUGAACUGUAAAACUUCACAGUAUGUAAAU